AUGGAAAGACAAGGGUUCAAUUCGAUGCUGUUUACUAGAGGUAUGCUGUUUACUAGAGGUUUAGAAUACAGGUGUGGUUUAAGUAAAUCAAUAGAUAGUUUUGGUAUAGAUAGUUUUGGUCCUAUUGAUGAAAAUCACGGUGGAGACCCAUCUAGUUUAACUGAUAUGCAUAAUAACAUUCAUAGCUGGAAGAACAAUAGUGAAAAUUGUAGUUAUAGUCAUGGUCAUGCUGACUAUUCAGCAGAUGUGAACAACAUACAUAAUCAUAAUUUGCUAUUAGCAAAAAGUCUAUCCGUUUGGGAUAGUCAUAAUAAUAGUUAUGACAUAUAUUAUGCUUAUAAUGAUGAUAGUUGGACUUGUAACAUGAAUUGUUGCAUUUGGAAUUAUCUUCGUUCUCAAAUCUGGGAGGAUAUUGACAAAUCCAAUGCCAGUUACCGUGAUAUGGACUUUAAGAGUUACAUUUGCGAUAGGGGCCAAAAUACUAGUGAAAGCCAUAGUACAAAUAUAAUAAUAUUAAGGAACACAAAUGCUAGAAAUCAGACAGCAGAUCCAGAUGAUGUAGAUAUAUUUGAUGGAUCAGAUAUAUCAGAUUCAUUGGAGAUAGAUCUAUCUGAUCCAUCCGACACAGAUUAUCGAUACGAUCCAUUUGCUGAUACAUCAGAUAUAUCAGAUUCAUUGGAGAUAGAUCUAUCUGAUCCAUCAGAUACAGAUUAUCCAUAUUAUAUAGAUGGAUCUGAUAUAUCAGAUCCAUUGGAGAUAGAUCUAUCUGAUCCAUCAGAUACAGAUUAUCCAUAUUAUAUAGAUGGAUCUGAUAUAUCAGAUCCAUUGGAGAUAGAUCUAUCUGAUCUAUCAGAUACAGAGGAGGAUCUAUAUGGUAUAUACGAUCUAGAUGAGAUCUAUUAUCUGGAUGGAUCAGAUAGAUCAGAUCCAUUGGAGACAUUGGAGACAUUAGAGACAUCAGAUCCAGAUUAUAUAAAUGAUCCAGAUGGAUCAGAUAGAUCAGAUCCAUUGGAGACAUUGGAGACAUCAGAUCUAGAUGAGAUCUAUUAUCCGGAUGGAUCAGAUAGAUCAGAUCCAUUGGAGACAUUGGAGACAUCAUAUCCAGAUUAUAUAAAUGAUCCGGAUGGAUCAGAUAGAUCAGAUCCAUUGGAGAUAUCUGAUACAUCAGAUACAGAUAUAUGUCAGAAGGAUAGUGAUGAUAAUAGCAAAAUGGAUAUGCUGGCUAAAAUGAACCAAUAUAGUCAUUUAUGGGUUCUAUGCGAAACUUGCUCUAGCUUAAAUUUUAAACAAUUUUUAGUAGCCAAACUGAGUAUUUGCGAAUACUGUGGUGAGCAUCUGAAAAUGAGAAGUUCAGAUAGAAUCGAACUUUUGAUUGAUCCAGGUACUUGGAAUCCUAUGGAUGAAGACAUGGUUUCUCUGGAUCCCAUUAAAUUUGAUUCGAUUGAAAAAAUUCCAAUUCUUCAAUGGGAUCCCAUUGCAUUCGACUUGAUUUUCGUGGAUCCUCCCGAGGAAGAGGAAGAGGAAGAUGAUCAACCUUAUAUCGAUCGUCUUGAUUCUUAUCAAGAAAAGACAGGAUUACCAGAAGCGGUUCAAACAGGCAUAGGUCAACUAAAUGGUAUUCCUUUAGCAAUAGCUGUUAUGGAUUCUGAGUUUAUCGCGGGUAGUAUGGGAUCCGUAGUGGGUGAGAAAAUAACUCGGUUGAUCGAAUAUGCUACCAAUCAACUUUUACCUCUAAUUAUAGUCUGUGCUUCCGGAGGAGCGCGUAUGCAAGAAGGAAGUUUAAGCUUAAUGCAAAUGGCUAAAAUUUCUUCUGCGUUAUAUAAUUAUCAAAUAAAUAAAAAGUUAUUCUAUGUAGCGAUACUUACAUCUCCGACUACUGGUGGGGUAACCGCUAGUUUUGCGAUGUUGGGGGAUAUCGUUAUUGCGGAACCAAACGCAACCAUUGCAUUUGCGGGUAAAAGAGUGAUUGAACAAUUGUUGAAUGUGGAAGUGCCUGAAGGUUCCCAAUCGGCGGACCUUUUAUUCGACAAGGGAGUAUUGGAUUCAGUCGUACCACGUCAUUUUUUAAAGCAGUUUUUAACGGAGUUAUUUCAGUUCCAUGGUUUCGUUCCUUUGACUAAAAAUUUGGAAGAUUGA